CGCGGCAUUUCAAUUUGUUUACGACGGUUGUGUUGUUCCGCGGCUCGUUCAAUCGAUUUUUUGAGGUGCCUGUUUUCGUAAAAUUUGGUGUUUUAAAAUAGUGCAAAAUGUCCCGCUACGGCUUGAGCGCUGACGACGAUCGCUUCCUGGCCGAGAUGGACCAGUCGGAGGAUGUCGGCGCCGAUGCCGCACCCGAGGAGGGGGAGGACAAUCAGCCGGACGACUCGGACGGCGAGGAGAUCCAGAUGACUUCCAAGCAGGUUCUCGACGCGCUUCAGCGCGCCUGGAUGAACGAAAAGUUUGCCGUGCAAAUCUUGCCGUACGAGGAACCGAUCGUGGACAUGGUGCUGAGUCAGUUGGUUUACAUGGAGGAAAAUCUGGCAAGUACCAAUAAGAACGAAAUGUUGUACAUUGCCCACCGGAUGGAGGUGGAGCGGAUACGGUACCUGCUGGCCAGCUACCACCGGUGCCGCUUGCAGAAGAUUGAGGAGUACACGUUCCACAUCCUGGACGAGGAGUCUAAACGCGCGGCCGGGGAGAAGCGGCUGUCGGCGGGGGAGCUUCAGUUUGCGACGGAUUUCUACAAGAGUGUGGAGAGUCACUUCCACCAGGUGGCGGUGCGGCACAUGCCGCGAAGCUGCCAGGAUGAUGAGAACAUCCGCAAGGUGGUUCCGAACCUGGACAGCCACGUGUUUGUGCGGGCGAAGGAGAACGUGGCGGAAUUUUCGAUUAGUGCGGACCAUGAGACGAUUAAUGUGGCGGCGGGAUCGGUGCACAUGUUCAAGUAUCGGGACGUGGAACCGCUCGUGUUGGAGGGGAUUGUGGAGUUGAUUUAGGGUUUUUAAAUACAGGUUAUUUUUUUGGUAUUAUUUAUUUG